AUGUCCGAUUCGUUCAAUACAUACGAAAAUGAUUUCCAACUUGCUUUGCAAGAAGCAAAGACCAAGACAUCUCAAGUAGAGUCUGUUCAGGGAGAGCAACGUCAAGCAUACCUCAAGGCAAUUGAAGCGGCUACUGAUGAAGCAUUGGAAGCGCUUGAUCAAAUGGCAAUUGAAGUGCAGAACUUGCCUACAAACCAACGUUCAUCCUACAAUACCAAGAUCCGUCAAUACAAAUCACAAAUUGACGAUGCAAAGUCCAAAUACAAAAAGCUCACUGAUGUCCAAGAUAGGCAUGAACUCUUUGGCUCCAGAUACCGUGAUGAGGAUGGUGAACUCAAUGGAGUAUCUGACUCCCAACGUAAACAAUUACUCAGCAAUCAAUCAUCAUUAGAACGGUCAUCACAACGAUUACAAGACAGUCAACGAAUUGCUUUGGAAACGGAAAAUAUUGGAGGAAACAUUUUGAAUGAUUUACGAUCACAACGUGAACAAAUUGGUGGUGCUAGAAAUACAUUGAUGCAAGCUGAUACGUAUGUUGAUAGAAGCAUUCAAACUUUGAAAAGUAUGGGAAGAAGAUUGACAGCUAAUAAGUUUAUCAGUUAUGCUAUCAUUGCCGUGUUGAUAUUGUUGAUAUUUUUAGUUCUUUUUAGUAAAUUCUCAUAG